UGUGCGACUGAAGUUUACAGAUUUUAAAGGCGGAAUAACAUGCUAUGUCAUGCAGUCUGACCUCUUUUCACUGUUGAACGUGCUGGCUUCUCAUGGUUAACAUGGUUAAUGGCACUUCAAAUUCUUCUGAUGUCCAAAAGGUGAACUCAUUGUCUCCAACUCUACCCAUCUGAGAAAACCAUUCAUACUUACAAAUGAUGUAUACAAAACACAUAAGAAAAGAAUUUGAAUCCAUUGAACAAAUAGGCCUACUGGAACCUCAUCUCUAACCCACAUAAUAAGAUAGCAAAUAUGACCUUCAUUUGAAAGAUUACCACAGCAAGACUCACAAAAAAGGUAUCUAAAAAUAAAAAAAUAAAGGGACAUUGUGUCGUUUUGUAAAGAAGCCACUUCAAAGGUCUGUCAGGUUCGAUGCGAUACUUUGUUUUACACCGCCAUCUUGUGGCCAUCUGACCAAAUGCUGUCCAGCAGAAUUACAUUUCUCAAUGAAAAGUUUUGUGCAGAACAGUGGAAUUGCUGCGAUACAUCGAUAUAGUUUUAUAAACCUGCCAUUCAUUAAAUAAUGCAUAGCUACCAUAGUUGUAUUAAUACACGACUACAAGAUUGUUUAAACUUCCUUCUUAAGUUACAAUGUUUAUACACAAGUUAACGGCAUACAAGUACAGUGUUGGUAACAUGGUAUAGUAAAGUUACAGCAAUGCUACUUUCUGAAUGAUUAGCAUUGAUGUAUAUUUACAAGACAUUCCAGGAUAAAACAGUAUUUUUUAUAAUAUCAUUCACUCUAAUCAACAGGCAUUUUUCUGCAGUCAUUUUAUAUAUCUACGUUAGGUCCUCGGUUGUCUGUCUUUGAAAGAGGACUUCCUGUCGGGAACAGCACUCAAUCUGACUCCACAGCAGCACCAUCAUCUCCCCUCCGCUCCCAAACAAACUCACAACAACCAACACACGCAACUUUCCUUCUUCAGUCCUCUUCUCUGGAAAAUCCCGUCGCCAGGCUGAUCCGCUUUAAAAAAACAAGCAGAAUGUCCCCUCCAUCCGCACGGCUGCAAACCAAACCCGUAAUAACUUGUCUGAAGACGUUCCUCGUCUCGUACAGUUUGAUUUUUUGGUUCACAGGAGUGAUCCUGUUGGCUGUUGGAGUAUGGGGAAAGGUUAAUUUGGAAUUCGACCUGCUCCUAAAUUCAGACAAGGGGACCAAUGCACCGUAUGUCCUCAUCGGGACCGGAGCCAUCAUCAUCAUCUUUGGACUGUUUGGUUGCUUCGCUACCUGCCGUGGAAGUCCAUGGAUGCUGAAACUGUAUGCCAUGUUCUUGACACUGGUGUUUCUUGCUGAACUCGUGGCAGGCAUAUCUGGAUUUAUUUUUAGACAUGAGAUUAAAGACGUACUUCAGGAUGUUUAUAAAAGUGCUGAAUCAGCCUACAGUGGAAAGGACACAAGAAGUGAAGAUCUGGACAGAGUCCAGAGAACACUUCAAUGCUGUGGAGAGAUGAACUACACCAGCUGGGCAAACACAGAAUACUUCAAACAGGAGGGGAUACCCAAAAGCUGCUGCAAUGUGACUGCUGGUGUUAACUGCACUACUACAGAACUUAAGGACCUCAAGUUGGCUGCAUCAGUGGUGUAUCAGCAGGGUUGUUUCUCUCUAAUGACUAUCGCAAUGGAGGCCAAUCUUGGAAUUAUUGCUGGAAUUUCUUUUGGAAUAGCAUUCUUCCAGCUUAUUGGGAUAUUCCUGACAUGCUGUCUGUCUCGCUAUAUCACCAACAACCAAUAUGAGAUGGUGUAGUGUCCCAACACCACAGGAUAUCAACUCAAGAUACAUGAGGAGUAAUUCUGACACAAAGGGAAACCCAUUCAAUUUCAGUAUUUUGUAUUAGUGCCUUAGAUAAACAUUUCAUUUUAUAGAAUUUCUGGCUGCUUUUUAAAGAUUUUUUUUUGUUGGUAACUAGACUGAAUGGAAAGAACCAGUUCCUAUGGUAAAAGACAUAUUCAGUUGUUUUGGGCUUGUGUAAAUAUAACAAAGUAAAAAAAAAAACAGUAAAGUUUCCUGCAUGCAACCUGAAAGAGAACAUUUUUGCAACACUUGCCAAAGGGACAUUUUGUUUGACUUUAAUUCAGGAUGCUUUUUUAUCACCUUUUGAGUCACCCAAAAUGUAUAACGUUUGGAGUUCUGUUUCUUAAAUCACCAGAUCAUUUUCAAGAAGUAGUUUUAACACCGAAACAUGUAUGUCCAUUCCCAUUUGAAUUGCUUAUGUGAAAGUAGUUGUCUGGUCUUUUUCGAUGUAAUAGUGGUAGAAUGAUUAUGACGUAAGUUGUUUAAUGUCAUGACUGUAAUAAGAUGAAAAGAACUUAAGUUGUUUCUCGUUAACUUUAUAUUUCUUCAAAAAUGUGAAUUCAACACAAGUUGGUCAGGCAACAAUAUUUAAAUUGUACAUACAAAGAAAAGGCAGAGAUAUCAACACUAUCAGGCCUGGGGUAUAAACGUGUUUAAAGACAUCCAUCCAUCGAUAUCUUUUAAAUCCUCAUUUCCUUUAUCAUCAUUACAACAUGUUCAUACUGUACGUACCAUAAGGCAGAUAGACUGUCCGCUACAAUUUGUCAGCAUAUGGGAUUUCAUUAUGGGCAUGUACACCUUUAUAUCUUCAUAAGAUAACAACAAUGUCAAUUGGCUGUUCUUUGUGAAAACUGUCUUAUUCAUUUUAAAAAUAAAGUUGUGUUUGUAUGACAA